CCAAACAACAAGCCCUCUUUCCUUAUAGGAACGUACAUGCAUCCUCUCGACAGCUCAACCAUGCCUUGCAUAUUGAUAGCUCCCUCCAGGUGUGUGAUUAGUGAAUAAAAUAUAAAAAGCCUCUGUCUGAAGCGGAGGGUUGCCAUCAUCUUGUGGAACCUUCCACAUAGCUCGGCCACAGCUCCGAGAUGCGAACUCUAACUAUAGUGUGGUACCUGGGUAUUACUUUCUGUCCAUCCUUCUUUUUCCUCCUCUGCCUUGCUUCCCCAUCACUAGACUCCUUUAUUGGACAGGUUGCGGGACAAUCAAGAAACGACAACGUGAGUGGACAUGUGCUCAACUGCCUCUUUAAUGGUCCGGAGCAUCCUCUGAUUCACGCAGAAGGGACAGCGCAAGGGCCGCUCGUUGACGGAGACCGGAUCGUCGUUCCUAAUGGGCGUGAGAUUCAGCUCAGGAGUCGAGGGGAUGAACCGCGAGGCCGUAGAUGUGGCCCUCUGGACGGCGGGUGUCGCGAGGGCGGCAGCCGCCGUGCCCUGCGCGCGCUCACGCUGUUCCCGCUCCUCCCUUGCCGCCGCCGCUGUAACCUCGGCCUCGGCCUCCUCCUGCUGCAGCUGGCGCAGCGCGUUCUGAAGCGCAAUGUCUGGGUCCUCGUCGCCAUACAUGGGGGUGUCGUUGCCCGGGGGCGGGACCAUGCUCGUAUCGGCGCUGUGCUGGUCGGGUGUGUGUACCGUUGCAGAGGGAGAGAUCGGGUUCGCGGAAGCGGUGCCGCCAUGGCCACCAGGGCCGCCGCUCAAGCGGCGCAGGACCUCGUCGCGCACGAGAGCGCAGACCUGAAGACUCGUCUCGACGCCAAUGGAGCGGAGGAUGGCCUCGCGGAUGGCGGCGGGGCUGGUAUCGGCGGAAAGGGCCAUCAGACGCGGGACGCAGUCGGCGAGGUAGCCAAUGUCCUCGGCCGGAUUGAUGCCGCCGUCACCAUGGCGGCGCUGACGCCGGAUGAGCAGGCCAUAGCGCUUCUUGAAGCGGUGGAUCCAGCCGGGGGAGAACUCGGGGGGCGUCUCUUCCUUGUAGCGGGGCAGGGCGGUGAAGAUGGCUUUGGCCUUCUCGCCGAGCUCUUCGUUGGUCGGAUGGCGGCCGGUAGCCUGGACCUGCUGGUACCAGCGCAGGACGAGCUUUUCGACGUCAGGCCAGUUGCCAAAGCGCAGGCGCGAGCCGCUCAGCUGGGGGUUGUCGCCAUCGAGGCGGGAGUACUUUGGACUCAGGGAGUGGGAGACCGUGGACUGGGAGAUGUGCUGGCCAUACUGAUUGUAGAACCAGUCGAUGCAGGCCUUGUGGCUCGGGCGGAUGGUCUGCGCGUUGGCCCAACGGCGCAAGGCGCGGCGCUGGUCGAGAGAGAGGGAGGAGCGUUCCUUCGGGGUGGAGAUGGGGUUCUCGGUGCCGUCGGGACCGGGGCCGCCGGGGAGGACGUCGGGCUGCGGCGGGUGGUGGAGUUCGUGGGCGGUGUCGUGGUGUGCGUCCUGUGUGUGAUCGUGGUCCGACAUUUCGAUUCGAGAGGAGGGGCCAGUUUCGCCGUGCGACCGAUUGCGUGUGCGCGAACGGGGGACCUGACUCCCCAAAAAGCCGGGUAUUGAGGUAUUGUGAAUAUGUGUAAGACGGGGGGUUCCUAUUCGGAUGGAGGGGUGGCGGUAUGGGGAGAGCAAGCUUUGGCGCGUGAUGCAAAAUCGGGUUUUCGGUUUUGAGGGGAAUCGUUGUAUCCGAAGCUGGGGGGGAGUAGCUUGGGUUAAGGAAGAAGAGGAAAGAAACA